CGAACGGCAAGUUCUGUGCAAGCACUGCGAAAAGUCGAUUUGCGCUGCAGCCAUGUAUAUCCUUCAGCAACUUGCCCGGCUGCUUGAUCAGCCUUUCUUCCCAUGGAAAAAGAUAAUUGUCGGGUUUUCGCUUGGGCAAUAUCUUCUUGAGGGAUUUCUAUCCCUUCGCCAAUACAGGAUUUUGCAACAGAAGAAACCGCCCAAGGUUCUCGAAGGCGAGGUUUCGCAAGAGGUAUUCGAUAAGAGUCAGGCAUAUGGUCGAGCAAAGGCCAAAUUCGGUUUCGUCUCCGGGCUUUAUAGUCAAAUUCAGAAUCUCGCUUUCAUUUACUACGAUGCACUCCCGAAACUCUGGGCUGUCACUGGUCUCUGGCUGACACGGUAUCUUCCUGAACGGUUUCAAGGUGAAAUAACUCAUACGCUGGUCUUUGUCUUCACGUUCAACCUCAUCACAACAUUACUCUCUAUCCCCGUCUCGUACUAUAGCACUUUUGUUCUCGAGGAAAAAUUCGGAUUCAACAAACAGACAGUCAAACUAUGGGUUUCGGAUAUGCUCAAGGGACAAAUGCUCGGUGUUGUUCUUGGUGCUCCGAUCAUCAGCGCCAUUCUGAAAAUCGUCCAAAAAACAGGCACUAGUUUCUUCUAUUACCUCUGGUUGUUUGGCAUGUUCGUUCAGCUCUUCGCCAUUACCAUCUACCCAAUUGCUAUCCUACCCCUAUUCAACAAGCUCUCUCCUUUGGAACCUGGCACUCUGAAGACUGGCGUGGAAGCUCUCGCACAAAAACUGCAGUUCCCACUCAAGGAGCUCUACGUUAUCGACGGAAGCAAAAGAAGCGCUCAUAGCAACGCAUAUUUCUAUGGACUACCCUGGAAGAAGCACAUCGUCAUCUAUGACACCUUGAUUGAGAAGAGCGAACCUGAGGAGGUUGUGGCUGUCCUGAGUCAUGAACUUGGACACUGGAGUUUGAGCCAUACGACCAAGCUAUUCGGAAUCGCCCAGUUCCACAUGUUCUAUAUUUUCGCCUUGUUUUCCGCCUUCAUCAGCAACAAAUCUCUGUAUAACUCGUUUGGUUUCCACGAUGAAUACCCAAUCAUGAUCGGUUUCCUCUUGUUCUCGGAUGCAUUGGCACCAAUGGACGCAAUUGUCAAGCUAUUGAUGAAUAUUCUCAGCCGAAAGUUCGAGUUCGAGGCUGACGCGUUUGCGGUCAAGCUUGGCUACUCAGCCGAACUGGCCAGGUCGCUUCUGAAGCUCCAAAUUCAAAAUCUCUCGACUAUGGAUGCAGACUGGAUGUAUGCCAGCUAUCAUUAUUCGCAUCCUAUUCUACCCGAGAGACUUGGUGCUCUUGGCUGGAAGGGAGGAAAGGUUACUGCCAAAAGUGAAGACUCGGAGAAGCCUGUCAAGGCAGCGGAUCGGGAGCUAUAAGAAACACUCGUUAUCAAACUUCGUUCCCGCUACCUCUUGGGGACCGAUUUUCCAUAUUUUUGGUUUUGGAUUUCCGGACGGGAUACUUACCAAUAACAGCUGGCUUUGCGGCGUCGUGGUGCUUGUCAUGGAUCAGCGUAGAAUUUUUUUUUUCUUAGCUCGCAGCAGAAGCCCUGGCUCUU